AAAUGCACUCUAUUGACAUAUUUAUCGUAUCGUGUAUCAAGGUAUGUUUCAUAUCGGCAACUUCUUAAUGAUACACAGUACUCAUUUUGGUCUUAAAAUGUUUGUGUUAACUUAAUCUACGUAAUCCUGGAGUUUUGCUAUUUUGUCCAUAAAUCAGUUCCUAUUCCUGAUUUCACACUCGGCUCCAAAUUCGCCCCAAUAACUAUUUAACUAGAACCGAACGCUAUGGCUGACACAUAUUUAGCACAGACUGUAUAAAGAAGGGUUUUUUAUACAGUCUGUGCUAAAUAUGUAGGGUUUGUGUGUUAAACGUGUCAAUGAAACACACUUUUUGAUGAGGACACAGCAUUAUAACAUAGAUCAGAAAAUAAUGUAACAUAGGAUUUUUAAUACUACAAAUAACCUCAUGAUUGUUGUUUUCCAGCCCCCAUCACUUUCAGUGUACCAGAGCCUGUGCCCCAGAGAGCGGAGCACUUCCUGUUCUCGUUCCCCUGGUUCCACGGGCCAAUCUCCAGGGUGAAAGCCGCUCACCUGGUCCAGAGCUCCGGACCCGAGGGACAUGGGGUCUUCCUGGUCCGACAGAGCGAAACCAGAAGAGGGGACUACGUGCUCACGUUCAACUACCAGGGAAAAGCUAAGCACCUGCGUCUGUCUCUGACCGAGUGGGGGCAGUGCCGUGUGCAGCACUUGCGUUUCCCCUCCGUCAUGGAAAUGCUCAGUCACUUCCGCCUGUUCCCCAUCCCUCUGGAGUGUGGAGCCGCGGGGGCCGUGCUGUUGUCCAGUUAUGUGGUGGCCGGCUCCAGUCCUCCUGCACAAGGUCAGCUGCCGGCGUCCAUCCUGGCUCCCUUCUCGCUGCACCGCUGGAGUUCAGAGCCCAGUUUGGCCUCAGGGAGCAGUUGCGCGGGGAGACCUGUGCCGCAGCCAGAGCCCCCUCCCAGAGAAGUCCCAUCUCGUGCCCAUGCCCCCCUGCCCGCCCCUCCCCCCGCUGUGCCCCUGCGCCGCAGCGAGUCCAUGGGCCCGCGGCCUCUGUUCCCGCCCGCUGCCCCGCCCCAUAGACACUCAGACUACGAGCUGGAGCCGCUCCGAGGACGAAAGCGCGCCAUCGACAACCAGUACAUGUUACUAUGACCUCUGACCUCAGCGUGACCCUAACAUGAUAAAUACAACAUACAACAUACAACGCAGUGAGCCUCAUGAACUGUCUCUACGUGCAGCACGCACACAGUGUCCACAGUGAAUGUAAAUGUACUGACCACAUGGAGCCCCUCGUCUGCCCUGUGCAGAGACUCCGGCCCUGUGAUGAUAAGGAGGGGGUCCUCGGCGCUGAUGGGAUGUCCUGCCCUCCUGCGGUCAGUGGGCGGAGCCUGAGCUCUCUUGUCCUCUGCAGAUGUUGUACCAAAGCCUCUUUGUGAGAGUGAAGGACACUGGACAGACUCACGGUGCACUCUGCUCUGUGCACUUUACACUGUGUAGUUUCUAUUUACACUUUUCAUUUGUACAACACUCUUAGUUUAGACAAGAGUUUGAAACAUAGGAGUCCUGUUCACUCCUGGCAGAACGAUAAGGAGCCACAGUGGACACUCUGAUCAACAAAAGAUGAUCUGUCUUCUAUGUUUAUAAAGUUAGUUUUAUUUCUGUUCAAAUUUGUGCAAAGCUGUUUUUGAGACAGGAGAAACUUUCACAUGUUUCAUAGAUUUUAGAUGAAGCUGUGUUCAGAGUGGAGCAGACGCUGUGACAGUGUUUGCUCUGCCUUUGUCUCUAGGAGCAGCCCACUAACCCUUUACACUCCAAAACCACACAUUAUUGUAUAGUUUAAGUCAAAUUAUAUUUAUUUAUUAUGAAGAGUACAAAUUCACAAUUUUCUAUAUUACAAUGAUUCUUUGUCUGUCCAAAUCCAAGUCAAAGAGUGUUAAAAACUCCCUUUGUGCCUUAAUAAGAAUGAAAAAUAAUGUUCUUACAACUUUAGAAUUCUUAAAUGAAUCAGAUGUGUGGUUGGUGAGGGAGGCGAUUUGCUUUUAACCACUAACAAAGCUCUUCAGGAUACAGUAAACCCCAAGUGCCAGUGUGUUACAGCGAAGGUAUUUACAGUACAAACUUGUAUUUUGGUUUGUUCUAUUUAUUUGUAUUACAAUGACGAGACCUCACCAGCUCUCCUGCCUGAGCGGAUAUCAGGCAGACUACGAUGUCUAAAUAUCCUAGAUGUAACACACGGUUUCAUAUACAUCUAUAUUUUAUACACAAAUGGUAACAAAGCGACGACUGUCUACUCAUAGAAAUGUAGAAAUGCCUCUUAAGGUCCUAUAUUGUGCAAGAUUGUUGUGAGACAUGUUAAGAUGUUAAUGUUUCCUCAUCAAAAACAAACCUAGAGUUGUGUUUUGUUUCAUUUACACAUUUUGGAGUAAUCCUGCAAAUCCUCCAAAGCUCAAAAUGCUCUGCUCCACCUUAUGAUGUCAUGAAGCAGUAGCAGAAAUUAUCCAAAUUAUUCUAGUGAAGGUGCAUGGAGUUUAAAAACACAGUGGAGCACUUCCUGUAUUAUGACAUGACACCCCAAGAACAGACCUUUCUCAAUUUGAGAGAAGAACUCGGCGUAAAUUUGCAGGAUUUGUGUGUUAAAUGUGUGAAUGAAACAAAACACAACUCCAGGUCUGUUUGUGAUGAGGAAACAUUAUAACAGUGAUCAGAAAACAGCGUAAUAUGGGCCCUUUAAUAUAAAACUCAAUCACCCCUUUAACACGAUUCUAACUCCAGCUCCUUUUUUACAAUCACAGCAUUAACACGUUUCCUAAACCAAAAUAUGUCUUUGGUAGCUUUACAUUUUUGAUAAAUAUGGAUUAUCUAUAUUUUUAUGAAUGAAACUUUACCAGCUCAUUAUUGGAGGUAGUGCCUUAAAGAUUAUUAUUGCUCAGGUGAGUUAAUUUCAGAAUAGUGGUGUUUACACUUUGGGACUGGCCCUUUCUGAUCCCCCUUGUGGCCGAUCAAAGCCAGUGCGUUUUUAAACAUAAAUCCCAUUGUGUUUACAACAUAUGAACAGAGGUGGGUAACCAAAAUUUGUAUUUAAGUAAGAAUACUAUAAAGCUGCACUAUGUAACUUUUCUAGUGGGGGUGACGCACUGCCAGGCCAAGUUAUUCAUGGAUUUCAAGCUGUGGCAAACAUCCUCUGUGGUCGUAGCAAUUGUUUGAAUGGGGAAAACUCUUCUAUACGUCUUACAAAGUCCUUCAAAUCAGAAAAGAGUUGUUUAUCUGAAUCCAUGCUUAAGUCAGAUCUGUGGAGAGGCAAGCCUGCACAUAGUAAACAUGCAUGUUUUUCGAGCUAUUUUUAACUAAAAUAUUAAUUAGCUCAAAUAUAACCAAUUUCUGCCCACCUCUGCAAAUAGAACUGUCUAAACGUGUUCACAUAACACUUUAAAAUAAAAUAUAGGCUAUUCAUAAAAUAUAAUAACUUGCUGGGCUACAUAAAUACAUUAUUUAAAGGUGCACUGUGUAACUUUUCUGGUGGAGGCUCCGUCACGUUCUUCUACUUCUAUGGAUAUGUCAUUGCUUUGCUUGAAAUGUUCCACAAUAUGACAUGACCUUGCAUUUUGAAAUUACAGGUGGUUUUAUAGCUCAAAAAGACUUUGAAAAACACAUUUGGACUGUGAGCGGGGUCGCCUAUCCACAGAUCUGAGCUGUAACUUGGUCUGGUUUGGUCUCCAUGAAGAUAGAAAGGUUUAAUGUCACACUAUGAAACUGUGAAAUUCCUGACAAAGCAAUAAGAUCUCCGUGGAGAAAAGCGUUUGACGGAGCCUCAACCAGAAAAGUUACACAAUGCACCUUUAGGUUCUCCAUGGGAAAUAAGUGCUUUGUCUAAUCUGUCCGACUUUUGCUUUAACACUAACUUCAGCAGUGAUCAAAACCUCCUCUCGUCUGCUUUGCAGUUGUAUCGUAGACUUCAGUAGUUUCGUAGUUCCUGAAUAGGUCCAUGUGAAAAAUUCUUAUAGCACAAAAGCUGAGCUCCAUCGACCAAAGGAACAAUGGUUGAGUCCUUUUAUGUUUUGUUUAUUUUUGGAUUGCAAACAAAACUGCGAGGGUUUUAAAAGGGGUCAGAAAUCAAAGACGUGUUUGGUAAGUACGGUUGGUCUUCCUGUCAUUUCGUGCCCCAGUUUCACUCCAAUGUUCAAGCUUUUUUGUAUUAUUUAUGUGGGAAAGCAACGGUAACAAUUAUAGUGUUUAAUAUAAUAUCUUUUUUAAACGAAAAUGACUGUUUUUAGCCAUGUAGCUGCUGUUGCUUUUUCCCCCUUUUUGUUUUCGAAAACUCAGGGUGUGAAUGUGGUGCUGAACUUGUGUAGUGCAAUAUGUGAGGGACGCCCAGUGCUUCACACCUUUAUGAAUGCCUCUGAAUGGAAGUGUAAGAAUUCAAUGUGUUAAGCUGUAUUAUGUAACUUUUCUAGUAGAGGGUUUGCCAUGUGCUUGUCUCUGUCUCACGUGAAAUGUUCCACAGUAUGGCCUUUCACGGGGUGCAGGUUUAAGGAUUUCUGAUUUGACGGAUCUGGCACGGCCCUCUGUUGUUUAUAAUAAAGCAAUUCAAAUCAAAUUCCAACUUUUGAGUGGGGAAAUGUCCUCACCAAAUCAUUAACGACUUAAUUAACUUAAAUAAGACAAUACAAUCGAUGUUUUUACCUUGUGGGCACCUUGUAAAUCUAGUGUAUUAUCUUAACAAAACACAAAAAUGACUUUAAGUGAACUUUAAAUCAUGUUAUAAUGCUGUUAGCUCAUCAAAAAUAUAGCUGGAGUUGUUGAGUUUGAGUAAUCCUGCAUUAUUAGUCUGUCUACAUCUCCAAAGCUCAAAAUGCUCUGGUCCACCUUGUGAUGUCACAUAGUGGUAGAUUUCAAGCUACAUUUUACCUUUCGUUCAGUCGAAAUCAGAAAUUCCAUUUGGCUGAUAGUAUCCAAAUGAUUCUAGUGAAGUUUAAAAACACAAUGGAGCAGAGAUUUCAGUUUGAGAGAAGAACCUAAAUGUGUAGGGUUUGUGUGUUAAAUGUGUGUGAAUGAAACAAAACUCAAGUAUGUUUUUACUGAGGAAACAACAUUAUAACUUAGCUCCGAAAAUAGAAUAUGUGCCCUUUAAUAGCAAAAAAAAAAAACGUGCCUCUCCACAGAUCUGACUCACAAAUUAUAGAGAUAAAUUUGCCAAAAAUGUAGGCAAAUCAAUAACAUCUCCAUGGAGAUAACUUAGUGGCAGACCCUUCUCUUGAAAAGUUGCACAGUGCAUCUUUAAAACAAAAAAAUGUCUCUUCAAUUUAUCACAUAAAAAAACUGCCUGUCUUGUCUUACCACAGCUUUAUUUCUUCUUGUUUGUUGAAAAGUCUAGUUGAUAAAUGUACAAUGUUCACAAUACUGUCCAUUCUGUUAACCCUGCACUGUAAAAAAAAACAAUACAAUAUUCCCCUGAACUGCCAAGGAAAAUCACAAGUGCUUUACACACCUCUCUGUGCUUGCAUCCCUUUCAGUUACAAGCAUUUUAAAUUAUACUAAAUAUAUAUUAACUGUAUAUUUUACUUUUUGUAAAAUAAACCUAACCAAAAACAA